AUGAGUGCAGAAGAGCAGGACCGGCUGCGCUCUCUCUUUCACGCCUACGACGUGGACAACUCUGGGCGCAUCGAGAGAAACGAGUUUCUCACCAUCUGUGCGGAGCUGCAGGUUUCCGCGGCAGAGGCCGACCAAAUAAUUAAUCGACUGGACGUCGACAAAGACGGAACUGUCACCCUGCAGGAGUUCAUCAGCGGCUUCCAAGACCGCUACGGAGAGGACAUGGAGUCGGACGAAGGAGACGUGUCCGCCGCCUGGGAGCACUUCGAGAGGAGACUGGGCGAGCAGGCCAAGUUCAUCCCCAGGAAUGUACAAGCAGCUACGUUGUACCAGAACAUCAGCCUGACUGAGCCCAGACUGAUUACUCAGUUUGAGAAAGUCGUCAUAAACUUCACCAAAGAGAUCAAACAGCAAAACUCAGAGAUGGAGAACCUGGCCCUCGCCAUCAAACGAGCGCAGGACCAGGCAUCGAUGCAGCUCAGUGAAAUGGAGGAUGAAAUGGACCAACGUAUUCAUGCUGCUGAGAGAAAAUCACGAGAGCAGGAGAAAAAGCGAACAGAGGCCGCACUGAGUGAGUUACGGAGAAGUUAUGAGACUGAAGUGUGUGAGCUGCAGUGUAAGAUCCAGACGAUGCAGAUGAUAGAAGAGAAGUACAAGAACAUCACCGUGAAAGAUGAGAGCCCAGCUUUGAAGAAGAAGAUCAAUGAGCUAACACUGGAGAACCAGCGGUUAAAACAGGAGCUGUUGAAGUCUCAGACCAAAGUUGCCUGUCUGCGCAGUGACAUGGACUCGCUAAAGACGGAACUAACCGACCAAAGCAUGAGCUCUGAACAAGACGAGGAGCUCAUGAAACACUUCUCUGAUGAGCGAGACAUCCUGGAGAGCCAGAUUGAAGUUCUGCAGACAGCCAACAGGAAGCUGCAUGACAGCAACGAUGGGCUGAGAUCCACCUUGGAGAGGACCAACAGGUCUGGUAACAUUGGAUCACCAGGAGAAAUAAAGCAGAGAAGCAGAAGUAAAAGCAUCUGCUACACAUCACCCUAUGCACUAAUGGAUAGGUUCUCCCAGGGUAUGGAUGAGUUCCCUAUCUAUAGCCGCCGGCCCAGCUGUGACACUCUGGCCUUGGCCAUGUGUGACCCGGGCCUGAAGCGUAGACACAGCAGUGAGUGCGAGGAGGACAGCCUGCCUGAAGUCUACAUGGACAGUGGCCUGUCAACACUCAGAGGUUCCCACGGAGGCUACGACUCAGAGCAGGAGGUCAAAGGUCUAGAAGAAGAGGAAGAGGAGAAUGAGAAUGAGAAUGAGAAUGAGAAGAAAAUGGAGGAUCACAAUAAUGACAGCGUGACGGGAGAAAACUCGGACACUGAGCCAGGAGAGACUCAGGACGGUGAAUCAGCAUUCGGGUCAGACAGCAGCUCAGUUUUGGACUGGAAGCCAUCUGAAUUCAUUAGUGUGACAAAACCUUCACCCCCGACUACACGGAAAGCCGUCAGUGCCAUCAGUGUUCAGAAGGAGGACAUUGGCAGCACCAACCUGGGCUACAUGACAUCAGAGAAGGCCUACAGGAUUGUGCUGGCUGGAGACGCUGCUGUGGGAAAGUCCAGCUUCCUGCUUCGCCUCUGCAAGAAUGAAUUCAAAUUAAACUCUAGCGCUACACUGGGAGUGGAUUUCCAGAUGAAGACACUAAUCGUGGAUGGAGAGCCCGUCUUACUACAACUAUGGGACACUGCAGGACAAGAGAGGUUUCGCAGCAUUGCAAAGUCAUAUUUCCGUCGGGCGGACGGUGUGUUGCUGCUGUACGACGUCACCUGUGAGAGGAGCUUUCUUAAUGUUCGAGAGUGGGUGGACAUGAUCGAGGAUGUGUCCCAGGAGGAUAUUCCCAUCAUGCUUGUGGGUAAUAAGUGUGAUCUUAGACAAGAUGGCGGUAAUUGUGUCCCGACCAGCUAUGGAGAGAAACUUGCCAUGACAUACAACACUCUGUUCUGUGAAACUAGUGCCAGAGAUGGUUCCAACAUCCUGGAGGCUGUGCUGCACCUGGCCAGGCAGGUAACACAGAAGGCUGCUUUUGAUGAGAAAAGUCAGUAUCAGUCGCUGCCCAAAUUAGAUGCUCCGAGGAGGAAACCAAACUUCUCCUGCUGCACCUGAUCAAAUUCAUCAGAGCUGAGAGCCUCAUCACAG